UAUUACUUUUUAUAUACAGCGAUUUACAUUUCCAUAGCUGCGCAUUUUAUUAUUCCGUCUGGAGGUAAAGCAUUUAAAUCAAUACAACUUUCCUUCGGUACUUGGCCAAGCUUUUAUCUUCUAAUACACUAAAACUACCAGAGACUAAACCAGAUUAUUGCUAAUAUGAGAAGGACUUUCGGGCAAUACCCACGUGGCUUAUUUUAUUUGUCGGAUGAAAAAUUUGUGAAAACCAAGCUUAAAAAACAACGAAAAAUCCAUCCGCUGGAUACCUACAAAUUCUGCAUUCCUUCAGUAUUUCCGCAACCAGUUGGCUUUGAGAAGAAUAGUGUGCCCAUUGAGUUUCAAGUGACACCCGAAACGCUACUCAAUUUAGCUGCGGGAGUAGUGGAUGCAUUGCCUUUGCCGAAUGUUUACGAAUGGACCAAUGCGGAUGUCUGCAAGUGGAUACGCCAGUAUGGUUAUCCACAAUAUCAGAAUACCUUCCGUGUGAACCUGAUUACUGGUCGUAAAUUGCUGUUGGUGGAUGCACAAGCACUCACAGCGAUGAAUAUAAAAGAGUUCAAUGAAGUCAAGCACAUCGCCUAUGGCAUUCGUCAGCUAUUCUUCUAUGAGAUGACGAAAUAUAUGCGAAGCAUUUCUUUGCCUCCUGAAUAUUAUUAUGAACUCUUUAAAUUGUUUAAGGUAUCGAUCAGACCGAGUUAUGAGACCAUCCGACGCUCUGAUCUCUGGCGCCAACUUCAAUUGUUGCGAGAGAGAAGUAAGCCCACUUCUCACUGGGAUUUGCUUGAACGUUGGUUGUCACGUCGACACGAAACCGUUGAAUUAAUCGGUGGUGCGCCACGCUACAAGCUGUAUCCCUGCAAGGCAGGAAAGACACUACCUCCUGCUAGUCCUACACCAAAAAUGCGAUGCACUUGCCGGUCACCUUGUCAAUGUGCAGAUGCGCUUCCUCAGAAACCGACGAUACUGAAAUCAUUGACGCGAGAUCGCAAGCCAGUUACAAUUACGGAAAAUGUUUGUGGCGCCAAGUGUUUGCCGCCGCCCUGCACAUGCAACUGGCCGUACAACUUUUACAAAUUCAAUGAAGUUCUGAGCUGCUUGCAGCAUUCAUUUCCGCAUAAGUAUGAGAAACAAAAUAAUAGGUUAGUUACCCGUGAAAGCAUUAGCCUUACAGCCCAUAAGGCUUCUCAAUUUUCUACAAUAACUGCGAGACUUAAAUAGAUGCGGAAAUAGGAGGAAUUUAAUGACAAAAAAUUUUUUUUUUUUAAUUUUUUUUUUGUUAAAUAAAGUCAUAUGACUUUCGGCGGCAACAAAACAUUAUGAGACCGGAAUUCGUAGAAGACCUUCAACUCAACUUGAACAGCUGGCAAAAAUUCGUGCACACGCAGAUUCUAUUACAAUAUAAAUUCUUCUCAGCAGAUUCUGUCAGCAAUUCAUCAGGACCAGAAAUUUAUCUACCAACGUCCAAAGUUCUCAACUGUGCGAAAGUUUUUGCUUUCGACGGCCGAUUUAAAGGUUUCAACUUAAACAGGAUCAGAGGAGCUAAGAACUACUAUUGUCUCGUCCAAGAGCCGCUAAAUGCAUCUACAGCAAAGCUACUAACAUAAAUUGCCGUUGAAAGAAGAGGGUAAACAAUACGAGAUUACCAACAGAGAGAACAAGCAAAUGAUUUUAGAAUCGAUCAUCCUUAGACCUCUAUGAGGUGAAGCUCUUCAAUUAAUUGCUAUAAUUUUAUCGCGAAUGUUAUGGUACUAUAACAAAAAAAAAUUCAUUUAUUUUUUUCAUAUUUUGAAUUCAUAUCCUUGAGAGAUACUUCAAAGCUUUAGCUCCUACGGCUGCUAGCUCUUUACGUAUAGAA